CUCCUCGGGCAGACGGGCACCAUCGAUCGCAUGGCUCAUCGUGCAGCCGGGGAGCAAAGUGGGGAUUCAACCACCACCGGCUAGCGCCGCCGCCGAUCCCGUCCGUCUCCGGCGACCGCUUCCCGCACCUCCCUCCUCUCCGACCCGCGGCGUCGACCGCGCCAUGGAGAACGGCCUCCCCGACGACCCCCUCGCGGAGAUCCUCUCGCGCGUCCCCGCCAAGUCCCUCUGCCGGUUCAAGUGCGUCUCUAAGUCCUGGCGCGACCUCAUCGCCGGCCGCCUCCGCUGCAGGAGGUUCCCCCAAACCCUGCAGGGGUUCAUCUACGGCGACGGCGAGGCCCACGUCGGCUACAUUGUGUGCAACCCCGCCACCGAGCAAUGGGUGGCCGUGCCCAGCUCCGGCUGGUCUCCUUGGCCAGACAGCAAGGCUGAAGAGGAUGAGGAUUACUUUACAGAAGAAGAUGUGCUCACCCAUUUGAUUUCGAUCCAGCUGUCUCCCCGCACUUUCAGUUGGUCCAGCUAUGGCAGGAAAGUUACAGGAAAUUGGUAGGGGUGCACACUUACUCAUCUGAAACUGGGGUAUGGAGGACAAAUGAGGGAGGUGAUUGGAAACAGUCGGGUUUGGAUGCAGUCAUAAGCACCGGUGCUGGAUGCCCCUUUAAUGGCAUGCUACACUUGAAAGUCGAUGACAUUUAUGAACGCCGGAGCAUCGUAGUUGCUGUUGAUGGAGAUGGAAAGACAUCAAGGAUCAUUCGCUGAAUAGAGAAGCGUGGUUUUCCUGAUUUUGUAGGUCAGUCUCAUGGGCAACUGUAUUGCAUUAGUGGAGACAUAGACGACUCUGAUAUGAUAACUGAACUGUCUAUUUGGGUUCUUGAGGACUACCAUACAGAAGAAUGGGUUCUGAAGCACACUGUGAGCAUUUUGCAGCUGUUUGGGAAAAUGAGUUGCCGAUUUGACUCCUACGAAGUGGUCACCAUCCAUCCUGAUCACAAUUUGGUCUUCUUUGUUGAGUAUGGGGACAGGAAACUGAUCUCGUAUGACAUGGAUACUAAGGAAGUGAGUGAUGUCUGCACUCUCGGACGUGGCUAUGGGCGUAUCACUCCAUAUGUUCCCUGCUUCUCAGAUUUGUCGGUGCUUGAAAAUAAGCACUGAAAUUGUUUCUUUUGAUGUACUCCUUAAGGCCUUUAGCAUCAAUUAGAUCUUCCAAGUAGAGUAGC